AUGAGAAAGAACGAUGUGCCACUAAUGAACCGUCAUGGUGUGGCACAUGGGCUUUCUGUAACUAGAUUUUUCGGUUGGGUAUGCAAGGAAGGAAGUAGAGCUUGUAACGUACAGACCGACAGCGCCACGCUCGGAACCAAGACAUUGGUCGUGUACAUGACGGACUGGCCCGUGGAGCUGAUGCGGUCCAUGCUGCUGAACGCGCUCGGCAAUAUACGACGCGACGGCACGUACAUAUACAACAUACCGAAGUACCGCAGCUUGCACGGUACGCACGACGCCCAGUGCCGCGACAUACCGCGAGUCAGUCGACACGGGGUCGCACAACGUCGACCGUGGGCGGACUCUGGUGAGGAGCGAGCUGGAGCGAACAAGCGUCCACGUGACCAUGGACGAUGUUAUGCGCGCCGCACUGUACUCGGCUUGCCGCAGUUUGCUGGUUCCUGCUCCUUGACCUUGCAGUGGCGCAACGUCGCCAGCAGCAGCGACCCCUUCUUGCCAUACCCGCCCCCACCCGUGCUGGUAAACUUGAGCUCCACGGCAUGGCACUACAGAAGCCCGCGUGACUGCGAUGGGCUCCCGUACAGACCCUUGAACUUGGUGCAAAUCUUGAUCUUGCAGCGUGGUGCUGGCGCACACUAGAUGCGCACAAAUUCAAUAGGAUUGUCUAUCAACUCAUUAUUCUCAAGACGCAUGCAAUAGUCGCAUAAAUAAUAUUAUUGGCUGAUCGGAGGAUCAACUAGGUAACGUUAAUAGGGAUCAUAUUAUUAUUUUCAAAAAUGACAAGUAUGUAUGUUACAAUGUAUGAACAUAUGGUAUGGCUCUCAUAGUCGCUGUAGUGGUUCAGGAAAGAUUGAUGGGAAGAAAUGGUCAGUAAAUUCCUGUUUGAAGCUUGGGCCAAGUGAGUCGACAAUGGAAGAUAUGCGCUGAGUCAAUUCGGGCCGGUGUUGACAAAACACUGUUACUAUCGAAUGUUCCAUAUAUUCGCUUGCUGACCUACUAAGUAGAGUACCCACCUCUGUAGUACGGAUCGGGUCUACGCCGUGUAGUGCGGCGGAAUGGGUUAGUGCAGAGACAAAAUACUGAGAAGGACCAGGUUAUCUGUCAUAAUCCGGUCGAGGAGCGAGGAAGGGGGUAAGCCAAUGCCGCACCAGACCACGGAUGAAUUUGGUAUGUGUUGGCUGGUCUGGAUCGGAAGUAUCAUAGGCGGAACCAACAAGCGUGUUGAUUUGGUUGGAACCAAAAUUUGGAAGUAGUACUUCAACCGCGUGAUUAGCCGGGGUAUGGGGAACAUUUGUUGAUAUGUCAGGGACGGGUGAGGGUACGGUGGUUCUUCAACAUGCUGGAGAAAAGAUCCAAGGUGUUCGUGGAGGGUCCAGAUACCGUGGAAGUCGUGGCACUCCUCGUUAAUAGUCCCUAGAAAUCUAUAUUCGGUUGAGCCAUCUCGCUACCGAAUUAUUCAGAUAUAAAUAAAGUUGGAAAGUAAAG